AUGGUGGAGCAAGGGAAAAGUGAACUGAAGGAGGAGAAAGCAGGCCUCGAUAGCCAUGCCCUCGACCGCGCUCAGACGAGACUACAGAAGGCGUACGACAUGCUCGACGGGGUCAUCCUCCCCACGCUCCUGCUGGAGAAGACAGACAAGCCGGGGGAGACACACCCGGCAGACGUGAUCAACCUGGAGAGGGGAAGCAAGGAAUGGACUUCCCGAACCAGUACCACUAUGUCGUCGACGAUGCGCCUCCUCGAAGCAGCAGCCGAACUCCGUGAAGCAGCAGCCUUCAUGGGGGAUGGAGACCUGGCGCCCGUGCUCGCCGUCCUGCACGCCCUGGAAAACUGGCAACAGUCGCUCUUCGGGGGAACGGUCAAUGAAGAGACCCAAACACCGGCAGCCGCCACGGAAGACGAGGGGGAGAACCACGACAAGGACGAGGAGUGUGGACGGGGGGCAAAAAAGCCCAAAAGAAAAUGGUUUGGCCUCACCGGCGUCAACGAGGAGGAGAUAGCAGCCCUGGAGACAGAUAGCUUUCUGGCGGACCUGAACGAGGUUGAAAUGCUCCCCACCUUACCGCUACCGGGGGAACUGCCGAACAGUCAGUCAAGUACUAUGCCCUGGAGCCCACCAACCGCGGUGCCAGUGGGGACGGUACUACAACCGACGACUACAGAAGUGAGCCAAAGUGAGGGGGAAGUUGUCUUGCAGAAGGCGAAUGAGAUGGCACGUGAUCUCCAACUACAGCUCAACCUUGCCGAUGCUUUCGUGCCUGGAGUACGUAGAGGCUUUGUCUUGAUCCCGAUCGCAGCAGAUCCAGGUGAGCCAGAUGAUGCAAUGCGCCAGAGAGUUCAGGCUUGCAUCCGCAGAGUCAAUUCAGCGAACAUCACACUCGGGCGCAAGCCCGACGGCAACCCGGCAAAGCUGUGGUUGACGGUUAGCCAGCCGCCCGAGCGCAGACGCCGUGCUGCUUUGGCUGGUAAGAUCAAACGCCUACUGAUUGAAGUGGGCGGCCCUGCGAUCAUGAACCGAAUCGAGCCCGAAUGGGCGACGGGCACCGUGUGGUUCAAGAAUGCGAAGGUCUCUUCGGGGAGUUCCCCGGCACCGCAAGGCUCAUCGUCAGCAGGAUGUGGGUGGAUCGAUAUCACCACCAUAGCCACCAAACUCAAUGUGGACCGGGACACCGUCGAGAAGGCAUGGGAGCCGCUCCUGGCAGCUCUCCGCUGA